GCGUGCUUUAUUUAGCAGCCGCAACCAAUUCCUUCCCAAAUUUUAGGGUUUAUAAAAGGCUUCCCAGGAUCGUUCUUCAAUCAGCACGGGUAAUUUGCCUGCUUGAUCUAUGAUUAUUUUCGUCUUCUUUCACGUCUUGCGAAUGGCUGCCAGAUAACUUCAGGGCUGUAACUUGGGGAGGCGUCGUCGGUCUUUAACUCAUUUUCCCCGAUCGUAUUCCACUGAAUGGGACACAGCUGAUUGUCCGUGAAGGUAGGAAAGAGCAAGCCAGUCACAAAGAGGGAAGGAUUGAAGAGCUGAGGCAGUUUAGUUCAGUUCGAAUAAUAAACCAAUGUCAUUGUAUGUGGGUCACCUUUCACCUCAUGUCUCUCAAGAUGAGCUUGAAGGGGUUUUCCGGAGGUUUGGCCGUUGCCAUUUUCAGUUGAAAGAUGGUUAUGGAUUUGUAGUGUAUGAAGUCACUGCAAAUGCCGAAAGGGCUUUGAGAGCACUGCGGGGCAAGCAAAUUUGUGGUGAGCAAAUAUCCCUGAAUUGGUCAAACAAACAGCCAAGACCUUUUCAAAGGCCUCCAAGGGGUUCUAGAUUUGAUGAACCUCAUCGAAGAAGGGUAUUCAGAGAAGAGGGUGAUGUUACUGGGUUUAGGAGUUCGCAGGAUGAAAGGGAUUUUUCUAUAGAUAUUCGUAGUCCAGCCUAUAAUGCGGGACAUCGGGUUGAUAGUGCACCUGAUAAAGAAGCUGGACAUACUUGGGAGGAUGUUGAUGGUGUUAGAGGGAACAGAGUUGAGAAUUUGUCUGAUCCAUUGAUGGAUGAAGACACUGGUGAUCUCAAUCCAUUGGAACAUGAUCGCUGGGGUGAGCGUGCCAAUGAUAUGUUGCCUGGUCACGGACUCUGUAAGGAUUCUGAUUUUGAUGGAUAUGAACCAUACCAUGGCUACAACAAGAGAAAUGAGAAAGAAGACAACCAAAGAGCCAGCUCAGACAGUUCUCCUUAUAGAGCUAUUCAUGGGAAAGGGCAUAGAGAGCACUUCAUUGUGGAAGCUGAGAGAAGGUUUGAUAAACCGAUGCCCCAUCUAGCCUGUUACAAUUGUGGCCAAGUGGGUCAUAUUAGAAGGAGAUGUCCUGAAGGAGAUGGGAGGAGAGGGAGAUUUACUAAGUUUGAGCGGAGGAGAGAUGGAAUGAGUUUCAAAGAUAAAGUGGAAGGAAGGCGAAAAAAGUUUCAAGCCAAUUCACGGGGAAGGCCAGGCACCAGCAUAGAUCCGCUUGUAGCAAGACAUCGUGCAUGGGAUAGAAAGGGAUCACAUUCCAGUAAGUCAGUAAAGACUGAAAGUUCUCCAGAAAGAAGAGAAAAAUCCAGAGUCAAACUGCAUUCUCGGUCUCAAAGUAAGAAGGGAACCAAGGAUAAAUACUCAUCAAAGAAAAGAUCAAAGAAGAAAAGAAGAGUAGAGGCAUCUGAAACUUCAUCAAUGUCUUCCGAUUCCUCUAAAUCAAGUUCAGGAAAGACGCAUUCAAAAUCCAUUUCUGGUAGCAGAUCUUAUUCAAAAUCAACAUCGUCUUCUAGAUCCCAUCCAGCAUCAUCUAGGUCAAGGUCCAUGUCAGUCUCAUCAUAUGCCAAAUUUAAAAGUUCUAGAUCAAGGUCUAGAUCUUUGUCAAGAUCAAAGUCUAGGUCAACUCCGUAUGGGUCAUUGUCGCUUUCUAUUUCAUUGGGACGGAAGUCAUCUUCUUCUCCUAAGAAUAUAGAAAGAAACGUUCAGAUAAAUACCAUCCCGAAGAACAACUCUGAGCACAUGGAAAGCCUAGAGUCCAAGCAUUCCUCUAAAAUGAACAACUCUGAAACGAAGACAUUGAAAGAUGAAAAUUCAUUUUCUCCAUUGGGAGAUAAGACUCAAUCUAAUGUAGAAUAUUAUGAAAAAAAUAGUUUCAAUGAGCAUAAAACUGAUUUGAAAGUUGGAUAUAACAAAACGGAUGCAUGCUUUACUACACUCAACGGUGCUGGUUCUGCUACUGAAAAUUAUUCAGAGACGAGUGCUCUGCAGGGUUCUCCUAUGAAGAAUCCGAUAGAACAAGUAGCAGUUGACUCUACAAUACUUUCAACAAGGGAAAUGCUCUCAGCACUUCAUCAUAAUGGAUUGGCGUCACUUAAGGAGGGUGAGCUAGAUGUUUCAGUUGAGGGCUACUUCGGUGCUGCUCGGCUAUGGCCAUGGGAGAUGAUAUACUAUCGGAGAUUGAGAAGGGGACCAAUUUCCACUGAGAAUUAUGCAAAAAGGCUUGAGCAAAACAAGGAAUUUGGUAUUGUGGAUAAGUACAUUAGAAGCUGUAGUGGUUGGGGAGAGCGUCAAAGGAAUACAUGAUCAGGAUGGACAUUUUAUUGCAGUUGCAUUGAUAGCUUUUCGUCCAAAUUAUAUGAUUUUGUUGUAAGGUGCACCCUAUCAGGUAAAGAAUUUACAGUCCUAUUUACUGUACAAUUCAAGGAUAUGUUUGAGGCAAACAUGUGGCUGCUUAGGCUUGAGAGAAACUUGCUCAAUGUAAAAUGAAAUUUAUGGUCAUUCAGUGAGGUUUUUUUCUGAUAAAUCAUCUGUUAUUUUGUUAUUUCCUAUUAACUUUAAAUUAUUAACUUUGACUAUUGGUUGCAGAAGUGGCUUGUUGCGCUAUGUUGCAUGUUUAGUAGUUUGUGCAUCUAGUACAAUUUGUUCUUCCAGAGGUUUCGAAAUCUGCACUCUCACACUUGUUUCUACAGAUUGAGCUUAUCAAUGGUCUUGAAGCAGCUGAUAAUCAACAUCCUCAUUAACCUUGUGCCAACUAUUUGGGAAGUUUGAAUCAGAAUAUCAGAUGAUAUAAAGUUAUUGGCCCAAAUUGAUUUUAUUUCAGUCUUAUGCAAAGGACAUGAUUCUUUUAUGGGAACUCCACAUGAUCGUUAAUGCCAAUUGUGAUUUCAUGAGAACAACUUUGAGGCUAUAGAUAAUGGUAAAAGAAUUUUGUGAUUCAGGUUUUUUUAUUUUGGGGCAUUUACAUACAUAC